AUGCCGAGUGAGACUCUGCCCCCCACAAGGCGUAUACGGGAUUGUUGCCCCAAAUCAGAACCCAUGAAACGGCUCAAAGAAAAUGCUGUCAAAAGGGCGCAGAGCAUUAAAAAGAGGCGUAAAUUGGAGUUAGUGGAAGAUUUGCUGCGGCAGCACUGCGCAGGCAUGUGGAGUGACAGCGAGGAGGACACAAAAGCCAGCUGUACUUCCUUGCCAGUCCAUGUACGAGAUGACCAUGAAGAUGCUGUGAAUCAGGACGAAACAGAUGAAAGCAAUAGCACCCGUCUUCCCUUCCCAUCUCAACCUCAAAAGAGGAAAGGUAUUGAUGUAGGGAAUCCAAGGAAGCUCACUGCAGCCGCAGCUACAUCAGCCUCUCCUGAAGAUGUAACUAGACCCGAGCUGCAGCGCCGAAAGCACCAAGGUGCUAAUGCUGACAAUGCAAAUGUAAAACCAUUUUGUUGCGAUCGCGAACGCGAACAGCAGGGCUUCCGGGCUGACAUCCGGCCCUUGGAGCGCCAAGUAAAAGGACGUGAGGAAUGGGUAAGUAUGCGUAAGGGUUCACUAGCACGAAGCCGAGCAGCAAAGAGGGCCGAGAAUUCAGUUCCAGCUCAUAUUGUAUGCGCGGAACAGGGAGGUGCCAGUCACUCACGGUCCCUUCACCUGCUAAGAAAGCUAGGAGGUCUUUCCCCCAGCGGCGAAUCGAAAGAAGCUACUGACACAGCCCGUGGAAUGGACUCAAAGGGACAUUCAAAUGGACCAGGGCGGGACAAGGAGUUACAAGCUGAAUUACAAAAGGAGUUUGACGCUACGGUGCAUGAUAUUCGGAAUCUGGUCUACCCUCACUUGGGCCGUUUCCAACGGCGCCAAUUCGUCGCAGCAUCACUACGAGCCCUCGGCAUAGCUCCUAACAAGACGCAGAAAAUGCCUCUCCCCGAGCUCCGGUCUCGCAAGAAGGCAACAACAGCUGCCCUCAGGGCAAGAUGGGCUGAGGCGAAGGUCCUCGGUGUGAGAAGCCACAUAGACGACCAGGGAUCAUUGCAGCAAGCCUCGCGGAAUCGUUCAAAACUAUCGGCCCAAGUAACACGAAGAAAGCAUCUUCGAGAAAUUUUCAAGCACGCAGGAAAGCACAGAUCCAGGGGAGUACGUACAAGUACAGGGUGA